UUCUCUCACGAAUUCCUGUGGAACUCUCUCCUUACUAGAGCAUUCGACCCUUAUUGGUGGAGCAAGAGCUAUAACCUCCUAUACCUAAAUUUGUGUGGAGGGUCAAAGAAACUAAGGGGUGUCAGAAACUUUAUUCGUACCCUUAAGAACUCAUCAUCAAGUUGGCUAUCAAUUCAAUGGGUGAAAAUUUUACUUGUACUAGAG